UCACAAACGUUCUGGAUUGCAAUGUUUAUGGAUAAAAGCCUCGGAAAUUCCGAGUGUUGUCAUUAUCAGAAUUGCAACACUACGGAACUAUUGCUAAACCGUUGAAUAGAGGAACUGUCACAAUUUUCUGUGCAGGAUUCGCAUAGGACAUCAUAAUCAUAUAUCUGCGAUUGAACUGUUGCUAAUUCGAACUUUCACGAAUCGACACCGACACGAAACAAAAUGCCAGGACCAGCGAUUGGAAUCGAUUUGGGCACAACCUAUUCCUGCGUCGGUGUCUUCCAACACGGGAAGGUGGAGAUCAUCGCGAACGACCAAGGCAACAGGACCACCCCGAGUUAUGUGGCAUUCACGGACACGGAAAGACUCCUUGGGGACGCUGCGAAAAACCAAGUCGCCAUGAACCCUAGGAAUACGAUCUUCGACGCCAAGCGACUCAUCGGGAGAAACUUCAACGAUUCUCCUGUCCAGUCUGACAUGAAGCACUGGCCGUUUAAAGUUGUCUGUGAAUCCAACAAGCCGAAGAUCGAAGUGGAGUACAAGGGAGAACGAAAGUUAUUCGCCGCUGAGGAAGUGAGCUCCAUGGUGUUGACGAAAAUGAGGGAGACCGCUGAGGCGUACUUGGGACAGAAAGUGACGGACGCCGUCGUGACUGUCCCGGCGUAUUUCAACGACGGGCAGAGACUUGCUUCGAAGGACGCCGGCUGUAUUGCCGGACUGAACGUGCUGAGGAUUAUAAACGAACCAACUGCUGCCGCCCUUGCGUACGGAUUGGACAAGAACCUCAGAGGUGAGAAAAAUGUCUUGAUCUUUGAUUUGGGAGGCGGUACCUUUGAUGUGUCCAUUCUUACUGUCGACGAAGGGUCCUUGUUUGAGGUAAAAUCGACAGCGGGGGAUACCCAUCUCGGGGGUGAGGACUUUGAUAACAGAAUGGUCGAUCAUUUCGUGCAAGAAUUCAAACGAAAAUACAGGAAGGACAUUUCUGGUAACGCACGUGCGCUGCGCCGUCUGCGUACAGCCUGCGAGCGCGCAAAACGGUCACUCAGCAGUGGUGCCGAGGCGAGCAUCGAAAUCGAUUCACUUUACGAAGGCACCGACUUCUACACCAAAAUCACCCGAGCGAGAUUCGAGGACUUGUGCGCGGAUAUUUUUCGCAAGACGUUAGAACCCGUAGAGAAGGCAUUGCGGGACGCAAAAAUGGACAAGAGCAUGAUUAAUGACGUCGUCCUGGUCGGAGGUUCGACGCGGAUCCCGAAAAUCCAGAAGCUGCUUCAGGAUUUUAUGGGAGGGAAGGAGUUGAACAAGUCCAUCAACCCAGAUGAAGCAGUCGCCUAUGGAGCCGCAGUCCAGGCUGCUAUCCUGACCGGGAGUAGUGACGAGGCAAUCAAGGACGUCUUGCUUGUGGACGUCUCACCACUGUCACUUGGUAUUGAGACUGCCGGAGGCGUGAUGACAAAACUCGUCGAGCGCAACACGAAAAUCCCGUAUACGACCAGCCAGACAUUCACCACAUUCGCGGACAACCAGCCUGCCGUGACGAUUCAAGUCUUCGAGGGUGAACGGGCCAUGACCAAGGACAACAACCUACUGGGAAGCUUCGAUUUGACAGGUAUUCCUCCAGCGCCGCGCGGAGUACCGAAAAUCGAGGUUUCGUUUGAUAUAGACGCGAACGGCAUCCUAAACGUCUCGGCAAAGGACUCCAGCACGGGCAAGACGAACAAGGUGACCAUCACCAACGACAAGAACAGGCUGUCCAAGACGGACAUUGACCGAAUGGUCGCAGACGCCGAAAAAUAUCGCGACGAGGACAACAAACAACGUGAUCGAGUUAUGGCCAGGAACAACCUUGAAUCGCUGGCGUUCCAGUACAAGAGCGCAGUGGCCGAAGACAGCAGCGGGAAACUCUCAGCAGGCGACAAGGACAUUGUGACCAAGAAGUGUGAUGAGGUCAUGAAGUGGUUGGAGGUGAAUGGAUUGGCGGAGAAGGAAGAAUUCGAUCAUCAGAUGCAGGAGUUGCAGCUGGUCUGCGCCCCCGUCAUGACCAAGCUGCAUUCUGGGGGAAGCGGCCAGGGCCAGCAACAGUGCGGUGGCCAGGGUGGCCCAACUGUUGAAGAAGUCGAUUAAAGGCAAAGUCUCCAAAUUCUAGCGUUGAAGGGCAUUGGUAAUGAUUUAUAUCAUUCAUUCAAAGGUCAAGUUCUAAGUGCGAACCAUGUACU